AUGUACAAAUCCAAAAAACAACAAAGAAAAUCUUUAACAUUACAUGAUAUAUUCAAUGAUGAUAAUUCAAAACUUAAAGAUAAACCACCUAGAUUUCAAGCUACUUCAACUCCCAUAGGUUUUGAAAAGUCGCCUAAAAAAUAUAUUAUUAAGAAGAAGUCUAAGAAACAAGUUAAAACAUUACCUGACAUUACAAAUUUACCUUUUGCUUCACCUGAAAGUAAACCAUCUAAGCCACAAAGCAAAAAGCCGAAGGUGGUAACCAAAGGUCCAAUACCUGGUUUUAAUAAUUUACUUGAUUCAAUAGUUAAAUCAAAAAUUGUACCUUCGAAAAUUUUACAACCAAUUCAACCAAAACCUAAAGAAUCAAGAAUUUACAACAUCAAUUCUCCAUUUAAACAUCAAAGAAAAGUUGGAACUCCUGAUUUAGGUCAUCACAACAGUUUUGUUUCAAAUCUAAGAUCAAAAAAUAUAUCUACUCCAUACUAUCAUCAAAGAAAUAAAACUUUUGCAGCCAUUGAUUAUACUCCAACAAGACCAAUUAUUAAUUUUAAUACUAGAAAUUCUUUAUCAACUAUAUCGGAAAAACAUUCAAUCAACUACAUUAUGAAUGAAUCAAAUGAUGAGUUCCCUCAAUUUUAUGAAGAACCUCCGGAAUUGGGUCGUAAUGCAAAUCCAGUAUCGCACGAACAACCACAAAUUGAAUUUGGUUAUGAUUUUGAAUAUGGUAACGAAGAUUCUUUUCAACAACAAGAGGAUAAGCACGAAGAAUCCUUUCACAUGAAAGAAGAAUCGGAUGAUACAGCUCUUACUACAAGUACAACAAACACAACUAAACUGUUGUUAGAAUUGGGUGGUUAUUAUUAUUCAGAAGAUGAAAUAGAUAACAACAAAUUGCAAAUUAACAUAAAACAAGAACAUCAGCCACAAUCAAAAAAUAAACACAAGGUCAAAAAAAAACCCAAGGAACAAUUAUUCAUAGAUGAAAGUGGUAGUGAUACGGAAAUCAAUGAUGAUAAUGAUAAUGACAACGAUUACGAGACUGAAAAUGAAAGUGAAAAAAUUAGAGGGAAACAAUAUUUGAAUGUCGUUUUAAUUGAAAGAAGUAAUUCAAAUUCAACUAAACUAAUGAUUUAUGAUUCAAUGGAUUUAUUAAAAUGUGAAGAAAGUAUAAUCAAGUAG